GAGAUAAUUUGCCAUCGGCCAUCACAGCCAAAUUCAGAAUUACCAAAAGAUGAUCAGAAUUUGUGGCCCUAAACUAGCAAAUUGUUGCUUUUUGAUAAGCAUAUGGGGUAUUAUAAUGUUGUUGUUGUUAGGAGUAUUUUUCAGUACAAGAAGCGUAGCACUCAUAGAGGAUAUUCCUGGCAAAAUGAAUGAAUCAGAAGGUUAUAAAUCAUCGGCAAAAAAUUGUUACAUAGCUGCUGGAAUUUAUGCUGUUACAAUGGUUGUUGCAGCACAUCAGAAAUGGGUGAAUAGUCGGACAGGAGACACACAAAAGUUUUAUGUUCAAGCGUAGCUGUGAUCUAUGUGUUCUAGUAUUGUUUUGAGUAACCUUAACAAUUAUUAUUUUUUGUGAGAAAGUAACAUACAUGUAAUGGUCAGAAAUGGUAAGGUCAGAAAUGGUGAUGUAUAGUGUAUUCAUGUUGUGAAGCAGAUUGAGUCAAUACAACAGUGACUACUUUUAAUAAACGUAAGGUAAAAAUGUCUGAGGCAAGAGAUACCUUUCAAAGAACAAAUAGAUUACUGCAUUAUCUGGUAAGAAAUUCUGAUUGCCUUAUACAUUGUAGGAACCUCCCAAUAUAAUGAAAAUCAUUCUUUAUCCUUAACAAUUAAAUGUCAAGUUGUAAUUUUAUUUUUCAAACAUAUGAUUGGUAUCAUUUUGACUAUAGUACAAUUCAUAACCAUAGGCAAUACAAGUUUUUCAGCCUUACUGCUAAUGAUCUCCUGUCUCAAGAAGUGAGAGUGAUUGUUAAUUUUGUCUCGCACAAUUAGUUUUAAAGAUUAGGCAAGUUUGUGCUAAUUUAUAACUGUUUGUGAAUGGAGGUGUAACAAUACAAAUACAAGUUUUGUAAUAGAUUAUCACUACUCUUCAAAUGCAAUUGGUUAAAGAGUUUUUGUGGUGUGAGCAUCAUGAAGAAAUUAAUUUUAUGCUACAAAAUACAUGUAGGUUAGUAUGGUGACUAGAAGCAGAUAUUGAGUUAAGAAUUUGGUGAUAAAUCAAAUCAUUGUAUUGUAAUUUAUUUCCACUAUCGCGCAAGGGGAAAUCGGAAAUACUGGAAGCCCCAGGGUGAACAGUUUGUAACCAAAUUAAUAGUGCGCUGUAUAAUUCCUGUAUACAUAUGCAUGUCUUCUUAUUCCAAAUAACAGAAACUUUCAAAUGUUGUUAAUAAAAUCCUGAAUGAGAGAA